CGCGAGUCGCGGCGUUGCGCGAGAGAUCUGGAAGCUUCCGGAGCCGCAGCGGUGUGUUUAUUACAGCGGAGCUCGUGCUCGUUAUUACUACUACUGCUGGGAAACUUUCUGACACGCGGCCAUAUAACUUAGACUACUACUAAACAGCGUUUACAAAGAUGGCAGAAGGCAGAGGUGACCGGCAUCACCCCCGUAAUUUGCAAGGCGUGCUUCAGAUGGCUGUGGAGGCCGGUUCUGCUUCUGAAGGUCCAGCUCCACAAGAACCCAUGACGCAAGAGAGGAUGGAGUUUCUGAGAGGAGCUCUCGCGGAAGUGUGUAAAGGACAGGCGGAUGAGGUCGAGCUGAUGAGACGCUGUUUGGAGGUGCUGUGUAGAGAUGAAUGCAAGGAGAGGGGGAGCGAGGAGGAGGAGGAAGAGGAGGAUGAGAGGGAGGAAGCGCUGGAGAUGCUUUCUGAGCUCUGCGAGAACUUGGACAAUGCAAGAGAUCUGAUGAAGCUGGGCGGUCUGGAUUUGUGCUUGUCGCGGUGUCUCUGUCACCGUGAGGCCGGGAUUCGGUGGAGGGCGGCUCAGCUCAUUGCGAGCUGUGCUCAGAACAUGGAGGAGGUGCAGUUCUACCUGCUCAACCAGGGGGCGCUGCUGACGCUCCUGCAGCUCACGGAUCAUGACGCUAACAGCACGGUUCGAGUUAAAGCGCUCUACGCAGCGUCCUGUUUAGUCCGAGAACAGGAAGCAGGUCUUCGGGACUUCCUGUCACAUGAUGGCUUUUCAGUGCUGAUGAGGGGGAUGCAGUCAGACAGUGACAAACUCAGAACUAAAUCAGCCUUCCUUCUGUUAAACCUUCUGACCAGUCAUCCAGAACACAAAGAUACAGUGUUGUCUAUGGGGAUGGUUCAGCAGCUGGUGUCGGUUCUUCGCUCUCCUCAUUCCUCUGUACAUGAACAUGUGCUCGGUGCCCUCUGCUGUCUGGUUGAAGACUCUCCCCGCGGUGUGAGCGACUGUAGAGAUCCGUCCCUUGGCUUGGAGGAACUGCUCAACCAGCGAGUACAGGACCUAAGGGGGCGAGAGGAGAGCCUGGAGGAGCUGGAAUUUUGCGAACGUUUACGAGGGGCCUGUUUCCGAGGGCAACCCCAUGACAACAAUGGAAUGGAUCGCUGAGGUCUUGUUGGGGAUUCCUGCGACGCAGUGAUCGUUCGACACAAAAGAAGUGACCCGAGGUUGAGUUCCCUCUUGUUCGAGAGAGAAAUAAAAACUAGGAACACAGUUGAUGAAGAGAGAAACUUUUAAAAAGAGAAAAACUCUGACUAUUCAGAGUUCAUUUUGACUAUGUGUGCUAAAGCAUACUCGUAUACCAUGAACUGUACACAAACACUCGUGUUAUAUUAUGAAUAUGUACAUUUUGUAUAAUAUAUCGGUUUGUUAUUGUGAACGAUGUGCUGUUUAAAGGUAAACCGGUUUACUUUUCCUCUUUACACCUGAACAACCGUACGAAUGCAAAGCCAUAAUGUAACCUCGCAUCAAUAUAAAAAUAUUUUGUACAUUUUAAAAUAAAUGUGAAAGCGACGGAUACAAGCCCCUGUCCAAGUUUAAUCCUCAUCUAAAUGACGAAAACAGGGUAGUUAGAUUCACCUGCACCAAUAUCAGCUUUUUCACUGUUGCAUAAUCAGUAAAAACUAUGCUGUGAUUUGAAUGUAAUAUUUAAAGUGAUGUAGUUGUUGGGUCUGGAUGCCCCUUUAAGGUUCUUUCCCGCCGAAGUCACUCUUGUUAAAAUAAAGACAUGACAAUUUGUUUCUAAUUUU